AUGUCCUCGGGCCCCUCUAGAGGCGGUCCUCCUUUAGGCCGAGAUCGUGAUAGAGACCUGCGGUAUGGAAGUAGCAAUGAUGACUACGGAAAACGAAGAAAGAACUUUUAUAGUGGGUCGACUAGAAGAGACUUCAAAUCAACCAACUCUCCCCCUGGUACGGACAGUACAGCUUCACAAGGACUGUAUCCAUCCAGGAGUGAUAAACCGCCUUCAAGUGAUUAUGGCAGGCCCCGUUAUAGAGGUUCGAGCCUUUCAAACAGUGGGCCUCUGUACGGAAGUUCUAGGCUGAGCCUAUACGGGAAAGAGCCUAGGUACAGCGGCUCUAAGCCCAGCUAUGGCUACAACUCAAAGUAUUAUAAUGAAAGGAGCAGUGGUGGAGCUUUCGGCUCUUACAAUGCCAGCAAAAGGGAACCCUCAGGUGAGUACUACGGAUACCCAAGUUCAGGUAGGGAUUACAGGGAGCGGGAUACCAGAGAUCUAAGAGACCCACGGGACCAUCGUGAAACGUGGGACUAUAAAGAUUCUACUUCCAGAGAUGUGACCAAUAAUUCCAACAUACCGAGAGAUUCGGCUAGAGAUCUGUGGAGGUCUGAUAGACCUAAAGCAUCCCUUUCCUCAUCAGGCCCCUCAAGCAGAGCCUACUCCUCUCGUUUUAGCUCCAAUAAUGCCCCUCCGGCUAGUCGAGGUUCUGGGUUAGGCAGUGGAAGUCUAUCGAAUUCGGGACCAGAUUAUAAGAGAGAGAGAUAUGAUUACGAUAACGAGGACUCGUACGGAAGUCGAUGGAAAUCAUAUCCUAGAGAUCCCAGAGAUAAACCAAGAUCUCUCUCAGGCUCUAGGCCGUAUAGCAGCAAGGAGAAGAGGAGCUCAGGCCUCACCAAUAGUUUGGGGAACAAGAGAGGAGAUUCCUAUUAUCCUUCUAAAAGCUCAUAUCCUAGCAACGCCAACAGAUAUCAGGACCGUUACACAGAUAGGUAUGAUCGCCGCAAUGAUACAGAGGACGGCAGGUCCGAAUAUAAUGGCAGCGUUGAGGAUUAUAAUGACGCUGACGAAGGUGGACCUUACUAUGGUGAAAAUCGAUACUACCGAGAGGAGCUGCGAGAACCAGAAGAAUCAUACCAUGGUGAGGACAGAGAAGACGUGAACAUGAAGGAAGGCGAAGAUGAAAGCGAUAAGGAAACUGAAACCGAAACGAAAACAACCGAUGAAACUGACAAAGCUGAUGCCGAACUCGAAGCUAAAAAAAUCUCCGAAUCUGUGGUUCAUGAUUUGAAGACCAUGGAGGCCUCGCAUGAACAUCAUGCCAAGCACCUCGAGGGCAUUCCUCUACAAGAUCCCAGCAGUGAAACUCCCCUCAAAACUACGAAUGAAGUAGGAACGGAGGCCGCAAAACCCAUUAUCAAGGAUGAAGAAUUACCUUCCAGUGUUCCAUAUUCGGCUCCUAAGACGGUGGAUAUAAAACCUGCGGUUGAUUACAGUACCCUCCGGUCAAUUGAGAAGCUCAAGCUGGUAAAGGUAUCUCCAGAAGACCUCAACACUAUGGAUUACCCUAAGGGAUGCUACAGACCACUCACCGAACUCGACCAUAAGCUUGAAGUUUUGAAGAAUGAAUUCAAUCAUGCCAAAGAGCAUGAUGAGGAUGAGUCUUUCCUUAGAUUCAGUCUCGCAAAACCCCUCGCAAACUUACUGGACUACCCCUUCUUCUAUCAAAAUCUUCAACAGUUUGCCUCAAAAUUCAAAAGAAUCAGGGCCUUGUAUGACCGCAGAGAGCACAAUGUGAAGAAAAAGCGCCUUCUGUUAUGGAUAAAGUACAACACCCUAGACAAAGAAAAUGAGAAAAGGUGUGAGAAAAUGGAAGAGCAAAUCAAAAUCAUCCACCCUCCAGAUGAUGAUUCGAGGCGUGAACUUGAGCUGAUCGAUAUCAGGGCAAAAACUAAUGACGCUGCUCCUGAUGCACAAUCGCCAACAGAGCCGCAGGCUCCGUCAGGUAGAAGAGGCCGUCGUCAUGGUGACUUGGUCACAACAGAAGCAGAAUUCCAAGAGAUUUUGAAAAGUUUGGAGAACGAGCAGAAUGAAGACCCGUUAGGCAAGGCACAGCGUGUUUCUGCCAAAAUUCCAGACCUCAUUCUUGACCCAGUUGAGCGACAAAGUUUCAUUUUCAUGGACUCGAAUAACAUAGUUCAUGAUAAAGAGAAUUGGGCUAGCAGAAUCAAAUCAGACUUUAUGGAUAACUUCACCGAACAAGAACAUGACGCAUUUUGUGAGGCAUUCUGCCGUGCUCCAAAACGUUUUGGUGAAAUCUCGAGACUAAUUGGUGGUUUGAGAUCUGCAGAAGAAUGUGUUGUGCAUUAUUACAUGACAAAGAAAGCUGUCAAUUACAAGUAUUUGGUCUCACAAUUCAAGAAACGUUCAGCCCGGAAGCCCUCGAGGAGGAAGUCAAAAUUCAAAGACCAGGAUGUUUCAUCUUCUGCGACGACAGAUGCCGCCCCUGUGGAAGCAACAGAUAGUGGAAAGGACACUGAAGCUGCAAUGACACCAGAGAUUGGAGUUCCUCCUAUAGAACCGGUUGAUGAGGUCAAGCGUAAGCGAAUUGCUGAUGGCCAAGUGGCGCCAGAUUCUGGGGUUGAGCUCCCACCGAAGAAGAAAUCAAGGAGACGUAAAGAUGAGGAAAUGCCACCUUCGAGUGCGGCGGUCGAUCAGUCAAAGGAUCUCCAUGAUCAAGUUUUGGCUCCAAUCGAACUGACUGCCCCGCAAGCCAACGUGUUGACAAGCCCCUCAGUGGACCGUCUGAAUGGUUCUGUUUUGGAAGAUAAAAGAAAGGCUAUCACCAGCUAUUGGAGUAUCACCGAAGUCAAUGAUUUCCCUCGUUUGCUUGCUGAGUUUGGCUCCAAAUGGUCAAUCAUAGCUAAGAAACUCAGCACCAAGACUGCUACGAUGGUCAGGAAUUACUACCAGAGAAACGCUGAAAAAUAUGGUUGGCAAUCGCUUGUAUUGGAAGCCGAUGGAAGAUCUGCCCAAGGUGCUGGCGAUCCUCACUCCCAAAUUUCUAAUAUCGAUGCAACCAUUGUGGUGAAGCCUCAGAGGAGACCAGAGGAGUAUACCCCUGGACGCAGACCAGAAGAAUACAACGGAACUUAUGAAAGUGUGGCGCAGCCACCCAAGUUUUCGGAUGUGCCCGUUGGUAUGUUUCAGCAUCCAUUCCAGGCAUCACCUCCGAAACGUGCCUCUGUUGGUUCUCUCCUUUCCGGUCCACCUCCUGUGAUGUACGAACAAGCGUCAAAUGUGUCGCAGGUCCCUCAGGUGUCUCUGUCCUCCUUGCCGCCGGCAGUAUCGCUUCCUCCUGUUCUUCCAGCUCCUAUCCUGCCACCAGCGAAACAUGGCGGCGUGAAGCCUUCCAUUAUGAGUCUUCUCAAUUCCGACUCAUCUUCACUGCCCCUCGCCUGCGCCGGCGCCGGCGCCCCCAAGCCAGGAAAUCUUGCAUCAUUACUCAACUCGUCUUCAUCACCUGUGCGUCCGCCAGAUCCACCAAGCAAGCCCGACAUUCCGUCAGAGGCGCCUCGCAAGAAUAGCAUCAAGUCACUCUUACAUGACCUGUGA